AUGGCCUCAGCAUUUUCAUCCCAAUACCUCAAAUUCCUAUCCAGAAGGCUACCGCAAAAUGCCACCUUCACACGGAGUUUUACAUCAUCAACGGCGUCAAACACAUUUACCCGGAGUCAAGCGACGCAACGCACCUCGGCAUUAGCAUCAAGGGUUUCGCGCCAACAGCAUCGCACCUUUGUCAUCCCCCGACCGAACAAGCCCUCGCAACCGCAACAGUCAUCAUCGCAAACGCCACCCACCACCGUCUCGUCCACCGAUGCAAAGACUUCCUCGGCCGGCGCGGCGCCCGAACCAUCAGAGAAGCUGCGCGUCGAGACGCAGCCGCACUACAGUCUGCAUUUCACGUGCGUGCCGUGCGGACACCGCUCGGCGCACAAGAUAUCUAAACAGGGCUACCACCACGGCUCGGUACUCAUCACCUGCAGCGAGUGCAAGAACCGCCACGUCAUUAGCGACCACCUUGGAAUCUUUGGCGAUCGCAAGAUCACGGUUGAGGACCUGAUGCGCGAGCGCGGCCGGUCGUUCAAGAAGGGCGUGCUCGGCGAAAACGGCGACAUUGAGUACUGGGACGACGACGCCGUGCCUGGGGAACCUACCCCGGUGGUCGAUGCGCAAAAGUAG